UUCGAGAUGGCGGAACUGCAGGCCAAGAUGCAAGCCUUAACCCUCGACCCUUUGCAAACAGCGCUGAUCACAGCGAUGAACACAGCGAUUGCGGACAAGAAUACGGCAAUUGCGGAGAAGCAGGCGGCGAUUGCGGAGAAGAAGGCGGCGGUCGACCAGGCGAUUGCAGACAAGAACGCGGUGAUUGCGAAGAAGGACCGAGAAGUCGAAGCUGGCAUUUACCACCAUGUUUGCACUUUGUCCUUGCUCGGAUCGACAACAAAUGCAAAGCUUGCUUCACGCCUUGUUUCGCAGAUGAAAGGAGAUCAGCGACGCGUGCUGAACUUUUCCAUGCCAGACUUGAGCCCGCAUGAUUCUGAGCUUCGACGGUUGUUAUCGAUGAUCGAUUCGGCAGUGAAGGAAGAGGACAUGCAUGAGUUCAUCGCCGCUUUCUGCCGGCAAGUAUGUGAUCUGGUUGGUGCACAGGUCGACUUUAAUGUCACCGCUGCAGGGUCGUUCGCUCCAGAUCUCGUUGCGACUCCCAAAAGUCUGCGGGCCAAUGGACCAGCGCCUGUUUCGACUACUACUACCGCUAGCGCUGCCUCUACCAUUGGCUCAUCCACACGCAACGCAACGCCGCCUGUCGGAUCCACGGCACGCUCUGCCUCAUCCCUGUCGUCAAGUGUGAAGGGCUCAUCUAAAACUGGCUCCCGUGUGUCCACAUCCAUUGCCAUUCUUGGCACUCACAGCCUGUUCAUGGUCGAAGGCAAAAAGCAUGAUCUGGUUCAUCAAGCUUGUCUGCAACUCGCAAGUUAUCUGCUUUACUUUUAUCUGACGUUCAACGACGCGCAGAUUCCGGCCAGUGUUCAAUCGUGGCCAGCAACUCUAGUCCUCCAGGGCCCCCACCCGGCGGAGCCCCACCCGGCGGACAGCCACCCACCCAGCGGACAGGCCCCACCCGGCAAUGAUGCAACCACACAACACGACCCUGGAGCCGGCUAUGGUACCUCCACCGAUGGAGGGCAGGCCAACUCCCUUGUUCUCAAUUUGGCAACGGGGCCGCAACCUCUGCUCGAUGCGCAGGAGGUUCAUCGCUAUUUCAUGUUCACCGGCAAGCUCAGCCUGAACGCGAGCGCGGAAUUCAGCGAUGUUGUGGUCAAGUUUGCCCCCGCAAUCGGCAUGGCGCUCACAGAACAGCUCGCGCGGGCGGGCAUGGCGCUAGCCCUCCUCAACCGUGACCGAAUGGCGGCUUCAGCUCAUCGCAUUCCCGAGCUCUUAGCUCUCUGCACUGCCGAUUUUAAUGGAAUGCCUGGGCUGGCGUUGGUCACGGGCUUCAUUCUUGGCGAGAGUGUUGACUGGAAACAGCACCAACCACAUGCAGCAAGCUUUGCGUCUCAAGUUUGCGACACGCUUCGAUGGAUUCAUGAGCAAGGAGUGGUGCACGGCGAUAUUCAUCGUGGAAACUUGCUCGUCAUUGAGCCAAAAUUACCGUCGACGCCACCGGCCUCACCACCCAAAGGCGCCCUCGAACCGCCGCCGGAAGGCGCCGUUAAGUUGCCACCUCACUCGAUUGCGUUGAUCGAUUUUGGGCUUGCUUGCUUCCUUCCAGCUGUGACGCGCGCGCAUGUGCAAGCAGCACUCUUGGCGGCGCCGGUGACUGUCGCAGCUGCUCAGGAGCUCCAACCAUGGCUCGAUCGCGUCGAACACAACGCGUGGGAGAUGUGGCCAAACCAUUUUUACGACAUUGCGCGCUCGACGAAGGUCGCCACUCCGCAAGCCGACUUUCUCGGUCUCGGCUUGCUUGCCGUUUCGCUGGAGGUCGGCGGUACGAAAGUCCUGCAGCAGCAGCUUGAUCUAAACAGCAACGCCGCUUCGACAUAUGCAGCUCGGGCUCUGAAGCGUCACCUGUUGCGUGAUCAAGACGGUCUACUCUCCCAGCUGCUCGAGCAGAGCCCUACAACGUUGCUCGAGGUGCAGAAGAUAGUUGCGCUUGCAGAUCAACCCCAACCUCUCCUUUAGUCGUAUUUGUUUCAAAGUGAAAUUUGCAAAUUCAAAAGAGAUUAAUUCACAACUC